GCUCUUCAUCUUCUGGCCAAGCAAAAAAUAAUGGUUGUGAAAGACAUAGAACGUGAGGAUAUUGAGUUUGUUUGUAAAACUCUAGGAUGCCGACCAGUUGCUUCUUUGGAUCAUUUUACGCCAGAGUCCUUGGGUACAGCUGAACUGGCAGAAGAAAUUCAAACUGGUAGCAGCAAAUUUGUGAAAGUUACAGGAGUGCAGAACACAGGAAGAACUGUAUCAAUAUUGCUGAGAGGUAGCAAUAAGCAGGUUUUGGAGGAAGCUGACAGAUCACUUCAUGAUGCACUUUGUGUGAUUCGCUGCUUAGUUAAAAAGAGGUUCCUCAUUCCUGGUGGUGGAGCGCCUGAGGCAGAGUUGUCUGUCAAGUUAACACAGUAUGCACACACACUGAAAGGCAUGGAUGCAUACUGCUUCCGGGCCUUUGCUGAAUCACUGGAGGUAAUCCCAGGUAUAUUGGCUGAAAAUGCUGGUCAGCCCAUCUCAACAGUUACUGAGCUGCGUAACAGACAUGCUCGUGGGGAAACGCAUGCUGGAAUCAAUGUUCGCAAG